CAAAAUAGACACCGUAUAUAAGACACAAAGCCGAUCUGUCUUUCUUACCUUUGUCCCCCUCUCUCUCUCUCUCUUCGUCCCUCACACUCUUCUCAUCGGUCUCCUUCUUUCUUCCCAGGCUUCUUGGUUCCAUUCUUUUUUCCCGCAGCUAAGAUGGCAAUGCAGGAUUUACUCAAAGCUGAUGACAUCAAGAAGGCCCUGGACACGUUUAAAGCUGCUGACUCCUUUGACCAUAAGAAGUUCUUCGAGCUGGUUGGUCUGAAGGCCAUGUCUGCAGAGAAUGUUAAGAAGGUCUUCAGAGUCCUGGACGUCGAUGCCAGUGGCUUCAUUGAGGAAGAUGAGCUCAAGUUCGUCUUGAAGGGCUUUUCCAAAGACGGCAGAGAUCUGACCGAUAAGGAGACCAAGGCCUUCCUCGCUGCUGCCGACAAGGAUGGAGACGGCAAGAUCGGCAUCGACGAGUUUGAAGCCAUCGUGCACGCGUAAAAUGGAAAACACCUGGCAACCCGGAUCACCUCCUCCUGUCUUCCUGUCCCUCACUUUGUCCCUCUAUUUAUUUUCAACCUUUUUUUUUGUAAUACAGAAAACACCCACAUCACCUGCCGGGAAUCUUUCUGUUUUUCACAUCUCUUCAUCCGUCUCUCUUUUUGUUCUUACUUUCCUUUUCUCCAUUUCUCACCCGCUUUGAUCCACCCUGCCCCAUCCCUCCCCUCCCCUCCCUGCCCCAUCCCUCGCUCCAUCGGACACAGCCGGUAAAACGACAAUGUGCAAAAAAAUUAAGUGGAAGACAACAAAGCGUGACGACAAAGCUGUGAAGAAAGUACGAGAGAAAAAUGAAAAACUCGAGAGAGAAAUAAAGUGAAGUCUUGCCUUGAACACAAAA